UUCGAGAUGGCACAAUUGAAAUGUAGAUCUAUGAGUUCUGUGUUUAUUAAACAUAUGACUGAAAAAGAUGAUUUUCAAACUAUUUGUUUGACUGAAGCUUUGAUUGAUUUCUUAACUCUUCACCCUGUGUCAGAAAAUGGAAAGUCGGACUACUCAGGUUUUUUCAGUAAAAAAAGAAAAGCCUCUACCACGCCUGAAGCUCAGAAAACUAAAAAAGUUAAGGGAGAUCUGGACUGUAAAUUGUCCCACACAACUUUAAAACAGAAGCUAAAUAGCACAGAGGCAACUCUAACAACUGAUACACACAAGCAGAAAAAAUCCACAAAAAGUAGAACUAAUACUUGUUUACAUGAUUCACAUAAUUUACCUCCUUUAUCAACUGACUGCCAAGCGACUUUAAACUCUGACUUAAAAUGUGGAGCUAUGCCUUCUAAGAUUGUGUCUAUAAAACAUGUUUGUAAAGACGAGGGACUGACAAUAGUACCAUACUUGAAUCCUAAUUUGAGCAAUGGAUCAUUCCCUAAUCCUGAAGCUACCAAGAAGAAGGAUAAUUACAAUUAUAAUGAAGAAAUAGCUGAAAAUUCUGUGGGUACUUUACAAAAUUUGAUACCACACAAUAGAGGUGCAGCUAAUAGGGGGAAUGCUCACACAAACAAGAAAGGAACUGAAGCUGUGAGUAGUAAUUUUAGCAUCGGUAAAAGAGUAGAAAAUGAUGGUUGUAAUAAUUCAAAAUCUGUGGAGAAUGGGGUACAAUCACAUAGGAAUGGUAGUGGUGUAGCUAAAAACAGAACGGAUAGAGUUGAGAACAAUGGUCACUCGUCUGUACAGCUAGCAAGUCAUGUGGGAAAAUUUCAAAACAUUAUUUCACCUCUCAAAGGCAGCACUGCAAAAACAGCAAACACAGUCCGAAAACCUGGAAAAGAAACAAUUGUGCCGCUAGAAAAUGGAUCUCCGGUUAAAACUGUCACCCCGUUUGAUGAAUAUUCAGCUGGGAAAAAUGAGACACAACAAACUACCCUUGUGGCUGGUUACAUAGCUAUCUCAAAAAACACGAAACAUAAAAAAGCAACAAGUGCUGUAUCAAGCAAGGAUUUUUCUGUUAAGUAUGAAGCCUCAACGGAAAAUUAUGGUGUGAAAAAUGUGCCACAAACUGUUGUUUCUCCAGCUAAAAACACCACAAGACAAGACAAACAGCCACAAACAGUUGUUUCUCCAGCUAAAAACAUCACAAGACAAGACAAACAGCCACAAACUGUUGUUUCUCCAGCUAAAAAUCUGACAAGACAAGACAAACAGCCACAAACUGUUGUUUCUCCAGCUAAAAACAUCACAAGACAAGACAAACAGCCACAAUUUGUUGUUUCUCCAGCUAAAAACACCACAAGACAAGACAAACAGCCACAAACUGUUGUUUCUCCAGCUAAAAACAUCACAAGACAAGACAAACAGCCACAAUUUGUUGUUUCUCCAGCUAAAAACACCACAAGACAAGACAAACAGCCACAAACUGUUGUUUCUCCAGCUAAAAACACCACAAGACAAGACAAUCAGCCACAAACUGUUGUUUCUCCAGCUAAAAACACCACAAGACAAGACAAACAGCCACAAACUGUUGUUUCUCCAGCUAAAAACACCACAAGACCAGACAAACAGCCACAAACUGUUGUUUCUCCAGCUAAAAAUCUGACAAGACAAGACAAACAGAGCCUAGAAGAAAGUGUGCCAGCUUUACAUGCAACCCCUGCACCUUGUUCACCAGUUUUAGAUGUGAGGUAUACCACAGUAAAUCCCAAAACCUCUGCUGGCCCAUACUCAUCACUUGCACACAGGCAAAAAGACGCCAACACAAGUAAGGAAUAUGUGGCUAAUAAUUAUAAAAAGUCUCCUGUGAAGUCUACUGUGAUCAAAGCAGAUUAUGAGAUUUCACCCAAAGUAAAAAUAAUCAGAAGAAUAGAUGAGAUCAACAAGGCAGCAAUUAAUACAAAGGAACAGAACAUAAAUAAAACCACAUCUUUGAGUUGUGUGGAUUCACCUGUCCCCAACAAGUCCUCUCAUAACCACAAACAAGCUUCCAGAAAGCGUAGGUACCAUUACACAGCCAAGAAAGCUUCAAAUUCUAGGGAAAACAUAGACUCCAAGAGCUCCAAAAGAAAUUUGAAAUCUAUAGACCAGCUGGCGGCCAACCUGGCCAAUGUUAAGUUUGGUCUUCUUUUAUCUGCUGUGACAUCAUCAAGAACCAGUACAGACAGUAUAGAAAGUGAUAAACAUUGCUCAAAGAAUCAGACUUCCAAGUCUCCAAACAAACCACAGAGGAGGAAGCGGCGUUCCAGGAGUUCUCUGUGUUUGACUGAUGAAGAGACCAGUGUGGUGAAAGAUUUAAUUAGAAAACAAAGAUUCAGUACAGCUAAAUCUAAGGACAGAUCUGCUGCUCUGGAAUCUGAUGCAGUCAGUGCCUUGCUCAGCCUGGGGAAAAAUGCCUUGAGUAAACAGGCAGAGGUGGAGGUUACAGUGUCAGCAGCACCAAAGGAAGUAGCAACCUCAAGAAGGCGAAGUAGUUUACAGCAGCAAGUUGAUGUAGGGGAGGCUGAGGAUGUUGGUCAUACGUCAAGCCAAGAUGAUGGCCAUACAACAGAUAGAGAGUUUGGUCAUACGUCAGAUAGAGAUGACAGUCGUACAUCUGACAAAGAUGUUGGGCAGACAUUCAGCAAAGAAGGUGGUCAGACAUCUGACACAGAUGUUGUUUUCUUGUACAGUGAGGCAUCCAACAAAGACUUUGUCUCUUCUGUGUUACAGAGUAGAUUAUCACAUGCACUUGAUCAGAGUGGUGCUAUUUCUAUCCCGGAUCAGAAUUGUGCUACUUCUAUCCCAGAUGAGAGUUGUGCUACUUCUAUCCCAGAUGAGAGCUGUACUACAUCUAUCCCAGAUCAGAAUUGUGCUACAUCUAUCCCUGAUCAGAAUUGUGCUACAUCUAUCCCAGAUCAGAAUUGUGCUACAUCUAUCCCAGAUCAGAAUUGUACUACAUCUAUCCCAGAUCAGAAUUGUGCUACAUCUAUCCCAGAUCAGAAUUGUGCUACAUCUAUCCCAGAUCAGAAUUGUGCUACAUCUAUCCCAGAUCAGAAUUUUGCUACAUCUAUCCCAGAUCAGAAUUGUGCUACAUCUAUCCCAGAUCAGAAUUGUGCUACAUCUAUCCCAGAUCAGAAUUGUGCUACAUCUAUCCCAGAACAGAAUUGUUCUACAUCUAUCCCAGAUCAGAAUUGUGCUACAUCUAUCCCAGAUCCCAGUGGUGCUAAACCUGUACCAGAUCAGAAGUGUGUUACAACUGUCAGUGAAAACAUUAAGCAGUUAAUACGGUGUAGACUUCAGAAGAACGGGAGUAAAGACAAAUGUGAUAAUGAAGAGGCUCCCUGUUUUGGCUCUAGUGUUGAAGCUCCAGCAGAAAGGGACUGUGCCUGUAAGCCUUAUAGCAGUUGUUCUUGUGGCACAGCUGCUGGUGAUAAACUAUCUACCUCAUUGGGUACUCAGGUAAUAGAUUUAACUGCAGAAACAACCAGUGCUCAUGACUUGGAGUUACAGCAUGAUUCUGGCGGCUCAGAUGGGCAGUCCUGUAUGACAGAUUUGGCGCCAUCUUUUAGGAAUGGGUCUGCAAGACUGGUUGAGACAGACAGUAGUGUGAUUACAGACAAGGAUGAAAACUUUGUGAAAAAUGGUUCCAGUGACAGUCUGCUUACAGGUUUCCCAGAGGAAAGCCUACCCCGUGGUGAUCAUAACCCGUACAUUAGUCUUUCAUCUGAUGAGGAUUGUUCUUACGACAUCUCACGUAGCCCACCACCCCCUCGGGAUGUUGCCCCCUCAGCCAGCAAAGCCCCUGAUGGUCAGGGUUUUGGUCUGUCUACCAGUGGGGCAUUCAGUAAUGUUGGUCAGGCAGAUAUUGUCUUUCUGCCUCAAGGGGGUUGCUUGAACUAUUCACAAGUGGCCUUUCUCUCAACAGCAGCAACAAGUUCUGAUUUGGCCAUUUUCUCAGGGCCAGUAGUAACAAGUUCUGAGAUGGCCUUUUUGCCAGGGCCAGUAGUAACAAGUUCUGAGGUGGCCUUUUUGCCAGGGCCAGUAGUAACAAGUUCUGAUGUGGCCUUUUUGUCAGGGCCAUCAACAACCGGCUCCGCUAUAUUUAAUGCUGGCAUUGAUGUCUCUGUUGCUAAUUUACAACACAUGGAUACUCAAUACACAGAUGCUGGUGGAUACUUUCAAAAUGUAGAAAUAAGAAACAAUACCCCCGUCAUAAGUCUGCUAUGUCCAGACAAUGGGAAUUUCUUGUUUAACUUGUUGAAUCAAAGUGUUCCGAGCUCAGGCAGUGCACCCACACACAGAACAGAUAUCAUUGUGAAUGAGAACAACGCUGACUCACAUGUUUACAUUAUCCUGAACUCUCUGGAUGGCCAACCCUUGAUGCAGCAUCAGACACAGGUGCUUGUAAAUAGCAGCUCUGAUAGUGGUGGACCUGUGGAUGGUCAACCCUUGAUGCAGCAUCAGACACAGGUUCUUGUAAAUAGCAGCUCUGAUAGUGGUGGACCUGUGGAUGGUCAGCCCUUGAUGCAGCAUCAGACACAGGUUCUUGUAAAUAGCAGCUCUGAUAGUGGUGGACCUGUGGAUGGUCAACCCUUGAUGCAGCAUCAGACACAGGUUCUUGUAAAUAGCAGCUCUGAUAGUGGUGGACCUGUGGAUUACUCACUUCAAGGCCCUGCUGGAGGCCCUAGCUCAAUGUUUGAGGUGAGUACCCAGCAGACCAGACAGCCAAAUGUAUUCUUUUUAUCUGGCAACCCACAAGUGCAGCCGACUUUAAACAAACGCAGGCCCAGAAAAUUAAAAAUGAUAAAAUCUCCAAAAAUUUCACCAGUUUCCAAUGGCUCUCAUGCUGGAUCUGUGGAACCCAAAAACUUAACUAUCAAUAGCCUGAAUAUCCUGACUGGUGAUGAUAAUGUGAUAAGUUCAGCCAAAGGUUCUGGGAUUAAUGAGCAAGUUCCUGCUGUAGUGGCACUGUUGGGAGAACAGACAGCAGCCAGUUCAACUUUAGAACCAGGCAACAUUAACAUAAGAAACUGUAAACCAUCAGGUUCUGUUGGGGCUUCACUCAACAUCCCAGAGUCCAGCCACAGGGACUCUCCAGCUGGGGAUGUUGGUGCUUCACUCAACAUCCCAGAGUCCAGCCAUGGGGACCCUCCAGCUGGGGAUGUUGGGGCUUCACUUAACAUCCCAGAGUCCAGCCACAGGAACCCUCCAGCUGGGGAUAUUGGGGCUUCACUCAACAUCCCAGAGUCCAGCCACGGGGACCCUCCAGCUGGUGAUGUUGGUGCUUCACUUAACAUCCCAGAGUCAAGCCACGGGGACCCUCCAGCUGGGGAUGUUGGCAGGUACAUGUCAGCACCAAAACAGAUGCCAUCAGGUACAGCAGCUAGCAGGUCGAGCCUUCGAAACAUCUCUGUCUUGAAACACAGCCAAUUCUUGCCUAAAGAUGGCGCCAGUCACAUUCCUGCUAGUGAUUCUCUGCAGCACAACCUUCACCCCACUGAGGCGUCAGCACCUGAGUGCCAGCCAGUGAGUUCAAGCAUGGCAGACAUUUCUGGUGUGGCCUGCAAGGUGGGUCCUCCCCUGCCUGUUGGCAGCUACAUCCUGUCACAGAAAGGGGAAAACCUUGUGAUUAAAAAAAUGAUUAAAACGCUACACAAGUCUGUAACAACACAGGAUGAUAGUUCUGUGGCUAUUGUGAAAUCAAAUGAGGGGAAAUGUUCCACUAGCAUACACCAGGUGAUAUCAAAUGAAAGGACACAUUCAACCAACAGCUCACAUGGAAAAUCAAAUGAAAAGACACAUUCAAACAACAGCUCACCUGGGAAAUCAAAUGACAAGACACAUUCAAACAGCUCACAUGUGAAAUCAAAUAGGAGGAAACAUUCAACCAACAGCUGCCCGGAGAAAUCAAAUGACAAAACACAUUCAAACAACAGCUCACAUGGGAAAUCAAAUGGGAGGAAACAUUCAGCCAACCGCUCACCUUUGAAACCAAACAAAGAGAAAUGUCCCACCAACACGCCUGUUGUGAAAUCAAAUAAAAAGAAGUAUUUUACCAAAGUGGAGGAAACUCAAGCAGAAAGAAAAUCUAUACAGGAAGGUAUAAAUACUGGUAAAUUGUUAACUCCCAAUAAGAAGACAUCACCUCAGCAGAGGGAACAUGUUGUAAUUAGUCAUCCUCAGCAAGAUGCAACAUUGCUGAAAAAAGAAUCAUCUUCAUUAUGUGAGGAAGACAAUACUGUGAGGACGACAGAUGAGAGAGAUGAAGCGUGUUGCAGCAUGCCUCCACCAGGUUUUCAAACCAAACACCCAUCAGACUGGAGUGUGGACGAUGUAGCUCAGUGGCUGACCCAUCAUGGUCUACAGCAGUUUGUGCCGCAUUUCAGCUCCAUGAAGGGUGAAGACCUCCUCAACCUUAAGAGACUUCAGACUGUCAAACCCAAAGAAUUUUUUCACCACAUGAUCUCAUUAGGGGAGCCAUUUUUCAGUGUAAUCAAGUUCUCCAGGUACCUGCGGCCCUUACACAGCUAA